AUGGCUGCUGAUGGGCGGAUGAGCGCUCGCCUCUACUUUGAAGAAAGCACUUUUGAUGUAUCUCCUGAAAUUAUCGUGGUUUCAUUUACCAUAGAAUGCGCGCUAUUGUGCCACACACCCCAUAGAGUUUCAGCUCGAGAGCGAAAGGAACAGGUUCAUCCAUUUUCCUGUGGGGCCCGGAGUGCGCCCCCCUUGUUACUGCGGCUGGUGAGCGAGGAGGGAGAGCAGGGAAGACGGGGUGUUUUUGGUGUAUAUGUAGCGGAGCUGCCCCCUCCAUACACCGCCUUCGCCAGCCCGGAUUCUGGGGGCAUCCCAGUGAUAAACUGUCGCGUGUGCCAGUCGCUGAUCAGCCUGGACGGCAAGCUCCACCAGCAUGUGGUGAAGUGUACGGUCUGCAAUGAGGCUACACCAAUCAGAAACCCCCCGGCAGGGAAGAAGUAUGUUAGAUGCCCUUGCAAUUGUCUCCUUGUUUGUAAGGACACAUCUCGGCGAAUAGGCUGCCCAAGACCCAACUGCAGGCGCAUCGUUAACCUGGGCCCAGUGAUGCUCAUUUCUGAAGAGCAGCCAGCUCAACCUGCGGUGCCAACCCAACCAGAAGGUGCCCGGGUGGCAUGCGGGCACUGCGGGAACACCUUCCUGUGGAUGGAAUUGAGGUUCAACACUCUGGCGAAAUGCCCACACUGCAAAAAAAUCUCCUCAGUGGGUUGUGCUCUUCCACGAAGACGCUGCUGUGCAUACAUUACCAUUGGAAUGAUGUGCUUUUUCAUUGGAGUUGGAUUAACUGUUGGCACCCAAGAUUUUGCAAGGCGAUUUCAUGCAACCUAUGUUUUGUGGGCAAUUGCUUAUCUCUUAGGCUUGAUCUGCCUUAUCCGAGCAUGUUAUUGGGGAGCCAUAAGAGUGAGCUAUCCAGAACACAGUUUUGCAUAAGCUUGCUUAUGAGCAAGUGAAUCAGGUGAGAGUAUCUAGCAGUUUUUGAUAAGCUGCUCUGGACAUCUUUAAAUCAUUUAUCCUCAUGGAUUCCAUUCUGGUUUAUGUAUAAAGUUUCAAGACUUUGGGAGUCUUUUAUGAACAAAUACUCAUUGCACUACAUUAUAUGCAAAUGAUAGUUUGUUCUGCUGCUAGGUUUUCAAGCUCUGAAUAAUAAAGCAGUGUCUUUGUGUCCUUUUACAUCUCUUAAACAUGUUUUUGGAUUUGCCACUAAGCAUUAGAUCACCUUUCAUUUUUAAAUAGUUAUUCCAUUACUUGCUGAUCUGUGAGUAUUCCCAAGAAGUAUUUAUAAAUGUUUCUAUGUAUACUUACAUUUUAAUUAACAUAUCAAAAUUGCCUGCUUUAAAAUCUAAGCAAUAUGCAUUUUGCUUAAACUGCUUUAAGAUCAUAGUGACGUUAUUCAGGAAAAGAAUUUGAGUGUACCUUCAAAUACUUGACAUUCUUGUCAGAUAAAAACCAUUUAUAAAUACUGUUUGCUUGUUUUUUGUUGUUUGUAGAAAGAUACACUAUUUUGGUAGUAAUUUAAAAUACAAUAAUGAAAAUAUUUAUUUGUCCACAGUUAAAGAUGAUGUUGGAUAAAUGCAUUUUUUCCCUCAGAGAUCACAGGACUUUUGUCUUUUAUUUUUGUCUGUUGUUUUAUUUGCCAAUUAUAUAAGUUCUGGUCUAGAUUUAUGACUUUAAUGUCAUAAAAUCAUAAAUGUAUUUCUGUAUGUAUUUCUUUAUAAUGCCUGAAGAAAGCAUUUUAAAUAACAUGUUUUAUAAUACUUAACCACUUAAACAAAGAUAUAUGUACAUUUGCUUGACCUCUUCUUCAUUAAACAUGGUAAAUGUUUCCUAUCGGGACCAUCAAUAGGACCUUCUGUGUGAAGGGAGUCUGUGCAUUUUGGGAACUUCUGUGUGAAGGGAGCCUGUGCAUUUUACACUAGCUAAUAUGUUGAGAGUAGAAGCAGUUACUCUUACCAUUUUUCUCAAAUAUAGCUGUUCAAGUAAUCAAAAAUUUAUUCAUGAAAAUAGAUUACAGACAAAAAACAACAGUUUUCAAAGAAUUCACUAGGAUGAAAAAGAAAUUGCUUAGUUGAAAAACAAUGUUCUAAAGCCCUUAAAGCAGAAUUAGAAUUAGAUGAUCUGAGUGAAUUAAUUGGCUCUUCCAGGGACAAGAACAACAUGUUAAUUUAUUUAUGUUCCCGAUUAGGACAAAAAUGUGCUCAUCAAACAAUUUGGAAGAAAAUACAUGUAAACUUGAAAGAGUAAAUGAUCUGUAUUAUAAAUGGCCAGUG